UUCUGCACUAUGAUAACAAAGUGUCGAACGUUGUGUAAAAAAUUCGUAUUUUUAAUAAUAUUCGUUAUAUUUUUAAUUGAAAGUGCAGAUUCCCUGCAUCGUACACUUAAACACUUUGAUAUAAUUCACAAAGAUGAUAUUGAACAUCGUAUUGUAAAACGAGGAGCUAAACCCAGCAACAACCCCUACAACACCAUAAAAGAAAUAGAGUUUAAAACAUUGGGUAGAAAUUUCCGUUUGAUAUUACAUCCACAUCGUGAAGUACUCCACAGCAAAUUUAAAGCAUACACUGUGGAUGGCGAUGGUAAUGAGACCAUCGUACAUUUAGAUCAUGACAAUUUCUUUGCGGGUCGUGUUUUUGGAGAAAUGGAAUCCCAUGUUAGAGCCCACAUAGAAAAUGGUUUAAUGACAAUGUCCAUCAAUUUACCCGAUGAAACAUAUCAUGUAGAGCCUACUUGGCGUCAUUUGCCCACUGCCAAAGAAAAUACAAUGGUGGCUUAUCGUUUAUCCGAUGUCAAAAUAAAACAUCCUCAUGGUAAUGAAAAGGGUGGAGCACCCUUAACAUGCGGCUAUGUUAAGGAAGGUUUAGAACUUGAAACCGACGAAGACGAUGAUGAGGAAUCAAAUCAUUUAGAAACAGACAAUAAACAUCAUCAUGAACAUCAACAUACAAAUCUUUUACCUUUACCUCAGAAUGAAUCCCACAAAAGAACCAAACGACAAGCUGAUCAGUAUGAAUAUACGCCUACAAAAACUCGUUGUCCUUUGCUUUUGGUGGCCGACUACAGAUUCUUUCAGGAAAUGGGUGGUGGUAAUACCAAGACCACUAUAAAUUAUUUGAUAAGCCUUAUAGAUCGUGUUCAUAAAAUUUAUAAUGACACUGUAUGGCAAGAUCGUUCUGAUCAGGAAGGAUUCAAGGGCAUGGGUUUUGUUAUUAAAAAAAUUGUGGUUCACUCAGAGCCAACUCGUUUAAGAGGCGGAGAAGCUCAUUAUAAUAUGAUUAGAGAAAAGUGGGAUGUUCGUAAUCUUUUGGAGGUAUUUUCACGUGAAUACAGUCAUAAAGAUUUUUGUUUAGCGCAUCUUUUUACGGAUUUAAAAUUCGAAGGCGGUAUUUUAGGUUUGGCUUAUGUUGGCUCACCUAGACGUAAUUCCGUUGGAGGCAUUUGUACACCAGAAUACUUUAAGAAUGGUUAUACACUUUAUUUAAAUUCCGGUCUAAGUAGUUCACGCAAUCAUUAUGGCCAACGUGUUAUAACACGUGAAGCUGAUUUAGUCACUGCCCAUGAGUUUGGUCAUAAUUGGGGUUCGGAACAUGACCCUGAUAUUCCGGAAUGCUCACCUAGUGCCUCACAAGGAGGUAGCUUCUUAAUGUAUACUUACUCUGUUAGUGGCUAUGAUGUUAAUAAUAAGAAAUUCUCUCCCUGUUCUUUACGUUCAAUACGCAAAGUUUUGCAAGCCAAAUCGGGUCGUUGUUUCUCAGAACCCGAAGAAUCAUUUUGUGGCAAUUUACGUGUUGAGGGUGAUGAACAGUGCGAUGCUGGUCUUUUGGGUACCGAAGAUAAUGAUGCCUGUUGUGAUAAAAACUGUAAGUUACGACGUAAUCAGGGCGCUUUCUGCAGUGAUAAGAAUUCGCCCUGUUGUCAGAAUUGUCAGUUUAUGCCGGCGGGUGUCAAGUGUCGUGAACAGGUUUAUGCUACUUGUGAGCGUGAGGCCAGAUGUACUGGCACCCAUGCUGAAUGUCCAAAAUCACCAGCAAUGGAUGAUGGAACCAUUUGCCAGGAAAGAGGACAAUGUCGUAAUGGAAAAUGCAUACCCUAUUGUGAAACCCAGGGUCUACAAAGUUGCAUGUGCGAUAUUAUACAGGAUGCUUGUAAGAGGUGCUGCCGCAUGAGUAUUAAUGAAACAUGCUUUCCAGUGGAACCGCCAGAUGUUUUACCAGAUGGCACGCCCUGUAUACAAGGAUUUUGUAAUAAGGGUGUUUGCGAAAAAACCAUACAAGAUGUGGUGGAACGCUUUUGGGAUAUAAUCGAGGAAAUAAAUAUUAAUAGAGUUUUAAGAUUCUUAAAGGAUAAUAUUGUUGUCGCCGUUGUUCUGUUCACUUCCAUCUUUUGGAUACCGGCUAGUUGUGUUAUUUCGUAUUUCGAUCGUAAGAAAUUACGGCAUGAAUUGAAGCAAAUCGAUUGGAGCCAAAAAUUAGAUUUAAUACAUCCCAGUGAUAGACGUAGAGUUAUACAUAUAAGAGUACCACGACAAAAAAUUUCAGUAGCACGCAUGUAGUCAAUUUAAAUAAUAAGGUUUAUUUUAUCGUACUCUAAUAAUUAAUUAUUCAUUAAUUUUACUGUAAUUCCAUUUAUAAUUGAAAAUAUAAAAAUUUGUCAGAUCUGUUGAAGGCUCAAAUGUCUUUUAACAUUAAAUAAA